CAUGAAUAGGUGUCUGGCAAGGCAGUCCAUCACAAAAGGCCUUCGUUAAAGUAAUCCUGUCUGGAUUGGCAUCCAAAAUUUCACCCUGGUAAUUGCCCAACUCGCCUGAGCAUUUUAUUGAAACCAUACUUCCUAUCCACUGUGCCAUUUCUUUACAAAUAUUUAUAGCACGGAGGAUUUAACAAGUUAAUAAAUAAAAUAAACUUUUUUUUUGACCUACAAAAAAAAGGACAAUGGUGAGGCCUGAAUUUGAGUAUUUAUUGAAUUUUAGGAUUACCGUAAAUGCUUGUUGAGUUAUUUUGGGGCUUAAAUAUUAAUCGAAGAUCCAAGUGGACUUUUUUAAUUAGAAGUAUUGAAAAUAUUGAAUCUUUUAUCACCAAAUAAUCAACUCAUCUCAUACGCGCUAAACAAGGGAUUCAUUCUAGACUGAAAGAUUGAAUGAAAUGAUAGGUGAAAGGAUGUUGCCAAAUUUUUCCAUUUAAUUUACACUAACUUUUUUUUUAAAUGCAUUUUAAAGAUUGUACACUGAAAAUAGUUCUUUUCAAAUAUAAUUUGCAGUUUUUUAUUUUGCUAUUAUCGACAUUUUUGUUUGUCUUAUUUAGCAACAAUCGAUCGAGAAAUAAGAUUUUCUCCUUCACCUAGGAUCAUUUCGGAUACGAUAUGCUAAAUUUGGCAACAUCUUGUUUUUAUCCGCCAGCUGAUGCUUUGACAACUUUUAGCGCUGCUGCCAACUCAACCAAAUUUUCAAGUUUGUAGUUUUAUUUUGAGAAAAUAAUUUGUUGUAUUUUAUGAAAUAUUGUUAUUGUUAUUAUUAGAAAUUACAAAUGUUUAAUUUUAAAGGGUCUUUAACAUUUAAAACAAGAAAAUUUGAUGGUAUUUCUGAUAGAUCAAAGAAGAACCAUUGAUAGUAUUGUCACUUGUGAAUUGGCAAAUGGCAAUUGGCAACAUCGCAUGUACCAGAGUUUGUUUUAUUUUUCAAUUUUCAAUAAUUCCAAUUUGGUAAGUCCAAGUCCGCAAGUCCUCGUUUUUCCUAAUCCUUUUUACGUUGCCCUAGGCUAUUGUAAAUUGUAAUACUUUAGUAAAUUUCAAUCAGUAUCACAUUUUUCCAAGAAAUUCUCAUAGAAAUCUCUCCCGAACUCACCAAAUAUGGUAAUAGAAAUCAGCCAAGAGACAUUCGAUGAUGCAGUGAAAGAAAAUGUGGAAAUUCUAGGGCUCGGUGAGGAAGAAGCCGUGGAAGAGGCCGUAAAGCAAUUUGAGGCUCAGGGAGUCGAUCUCAGUAAAAUCAUCAAAGACCAAAUGUCCAAGCAACAGUACGAAGAAAUUACCGCUGCAGUUCAAAAAGUGGAACAACUUCAAAAAACUAAAGGGGAUGUCGAUAAUAUAAACAAAGCUUUAGACGAUUUACGGCUGGAAUGCGACAAAGGAAUUCAGUAUAAAAUUGCAGCAGGCAAGGCAGAAGCCUAUCACAUUUUGCUUAAUACCUAUGAAGCUUUCUCAGACAAAACUGUAAAAAUCAAUGCCUUAAAAACUCUUCUUUCUUUAAUGACCAAACAGCCAGACUUGUUGGAUGAUAGAGGAGUGGCCUUUAUUAUUAAUAAUUUGAAAGUUCAGCCCCAGGACGUAGAAAUACAAAAACUGAUACUCAAAUGGGCCAAAGAGUGUUGCGUUAUGCACGAAAAAAACAGGCAAAAAAUCUAUGAUUCUCAUAUAGUAGAUGUGAUAAAAAAUCAGCUUGAUGAUUUAACCCCAGUAGAAAUUAUAAGGGAAACUUUGUCGGUUUUCAGAGCUCUUGUUUUGGACGACGAUGUUAGAGUGGAAUUUGGUAGAGCACAUGAACACGCCAGAGUAAUUGCUAGCGAAACUCUGUGUUCUAUCAUGAAUCUUUUGACAAGAUUUCGAGGCGAAGAACAGCUAAAUUUGGACAUAAUCGUAACACUCACUGCACUAAUGGUGCGGGCUGAAUUUUGUAAAAAAGUCGAAGACGCUGGGGGCUUGGAGCUUAUCAAAACUGUUAUGGAAACUUUUUGUAACAGUGGAAGAAUAAUAAGGCAAUCUUUCAAGUUGAUCAAAGCUCUAGCUGGCAAUGACGAAUGCAAAGCUCACAUGCCCAAAAAAGGAUAUGUUUCUAUUCUUAGAGAUUCUAUUAAUGCUAGCAUGGAUAGUGCUCAGACAGUUACAGCUGGCUUAUCCGCAGUAGCGGCCUUAACCCUCCGCAGUCCGGAAAACAGUAAACAAUUCUUUGACGAAGGCAUUCCUGAAGUAAUAGUUACAGCAAUGAAAAAACAUGAUAGUGAUAAAGCUGUUCAAAAGACAGCCAGUUGGGCUAUAAGAAACAUGGUUUCCAGAAGCAAAUAUCAAUCGGCUAAAUUUAUUGAAAUUGGAGCUGAGGAGGCAUUGAGGAACGAUUUGAAGAAUUUUAAAGAGAUUGAAUAUGAUGUUAAGGCUGCUCUGAGAGAUUUAGGUUGUAAGGUGAAUUUGAAAGAAGAAUGGACUGGAAAAGGGGGUGCUUUAACUAAUAGGAAUGCUAAACGUGAUAAUGAAAACGAUAACGAGUAUGAGGACUGAGACUAAUCAUUUUUAUUUUUGAAAAACUUCUCUUAAAUAAUUGCAUAUUAUAUAAUUAACACAGGCUUUAUUAUUUUCAAUUUCUCAAUUGUUUUAUUGCAAUGUUUGGCUUUGGUUCCUAUUACAACAAAGCUUUAAUUUUAACUUUUCAUUUUUAUACAAUUUUAUAUUUAAUAUAUUAAUAAAAGCAUUGUUAUUCCGAUUUUUUUUUCUAAAUUAAUUUAAUUGGAGGAACAAUAUCAGGCUUAAAUCUGGAAAGAGUACAAUAAAAUUAAGAAUGUCAAUUGAAAUUAAGUGUGAUAUGUAAUUUUGUUGAAAAGAAUAGAAUAUUAAAUGCAAAUCAGUUUGGAUUUAGGAGGAAAAUGUCAACGAAUAAUGCGCUACAGUUGUUUUCGGAUACCAUUUAUGGGCUUUUAGACCAAGGAAAACCAACCAUGGCAGUAUUUUUAGACCUAGCCAAGGCCUUCGACACUGUAGACCACAACUUACUUUUAGAAAAACUAUAUAAGAUUGGAAUGAGAGGCACUGCAAUUGACCUUCUGAAGGAUUAUUUAAGUGAUAGAAAACAAACAGUAAAGAUAGGUAAUGUAUACAGUGAUGAACUUUCUGUUAAGAUAGGUGUCCCCCAGGGUACAAUUCUGGGGCUAUUUUUCUUUGUUGUCUACAUUAAUGAUCUUCUAAAUCUAAACUUUGGUGAUGUCAUUCUAUCUUAUGCAGAUGAUACAACAAUCAUUAUUUCAGACAGGUCUUGGCGGGGUCUGGAAGUUAAAGCAAAUAUGGUGGUAAACAGUGUGGCUUCUUGGUUGAGACAAAAUAAAUUAUCUGUCAAUGUUGAAAAAACAAAAUAUAUCUUAUUUAGUAUUUAUAAUGACAAUGUUCCUGUUUCACUGAAUGUGAUUGUACAUGAAUCAGAUGAGGAGAUGGGUACCGUGUGCAGAUGCAGAUCCUUGAUAAAAACGGAAAAACAUAGGUUUUUAGGUGUAGUUGUGGACAAUAAUUUAAAAUGGAAAGAACACCUUUUACAAACAAACAAAAAACUAAGAUACCUAAUUUUUGUAUUUGCAAAACUUAAGUCCAUAUUGAACACAAAGACGCUCUUGAUUUUGUAUUAUGCAUUGUUUGAAUCUGUGGCUGCAUAUGGUGUUGUCUCGUGGGGUAGUGCAUAUAACAAUGCAAUUAAGUUUGUACAAAAUAUUCAAAAUAGAGUAGUGAAACUUAUAUUUCAAGUAAGAAGUCAUCAAUUAGAUAGGAUAUACAAAGAAAGUAUGAUAUUGAAAAUAAAACAAAUUUAUUACUUUAAAACUUUAAUCAUAAACUUUGAUUAUCUUAAGUCCUGUUUCAAUAGUAGAAACGUUUCCACCAGAAACAGAAGCAUUCCAUGUAUCCAAACUUCACUUGAGGUUGGCAAAAAGGCUUCAAAAAUUAGUGCGAUUAAGAUUUUUAAUCUUCUACCAAAUGAAUUAAAACUUUCUGCUAGAGUAAGUAAAAUUUUUAAAAAUAGAAUCAAAAGUUUUCUAAUAAAUUCAAAUAUAAAUUUAUAAUAUAAUUAUAGUAUAAUGUAGGGAAAAAGAAAAAAAAAAAGAAUUCAUCUUGUGAGUAUGAAUUUUGUUAGCAUAACUAUUUAUUUUUAC